CUCAUCCUUCGCUUUGUUUGCCUCGCUUUUUAUGUCGAAUUGCACGGGGUGUCGUCUGCGAACUGUCCGGCUGUUAUGGUGCUUUGUGCAUAAAGCAGAACAGCUAGAGCUCUCAAAAAUCGGCCUCCAUCUGUGCCUUUGAACCGGAGAAUAUUACUCGACAGAGGCAGAUCAGCGCGUAUGUCAUAGUAGAUUUAUGUCUGGGUAUUAUUUUCAGAAUCGCAGGCGCGAGCGUUGGUGUAAAGUUUAAUCUUAAUACCUGACCUCCAAACGAUUGCCAGCGGUGGCGGGCGGAAAAACAAGAGCCGGGGAAACUCUCCCAUCUUUCGUCGCGGAGUCGACGUCAGCGAGCCGUUUCCUUUUAUGGGAGCUCAUUGAAUAUGGCGGGUCGGGGCUGUCAGUCAAAGUUGGGCGGCAGUGUCUUGUGCAAAGAAAAGGUGUCGUGAGGUUGGAGUGGCGUAGUUGGGGUAGGAGUCCCAUGUGGAUCGCUUGUCGCUGGCUGCGCAGUCGCCGGAAAGCUUGGCCUGCCAUCUGCUGCCUGGCUGCGAAGCGCCGGAGUAGUUGUCGUUAUCGCGAGCUGUAGAGUACUCGAGGCGGUUGUCGCAUGAGGGACAGAUUAGACUUUCAUUCACAGAAUACCAGCGACACUGACAUGGAGUAUUCCGUGUGACAGAGCCGUGAAAAGCACCGCGAUUCUUUCCAAAUGCCUGUCUUGCGACGGGGCUGUUAAAACUGUUUAACACCCCCUGAUGAAUUGCAUCUUUUUGUUGGCAACUUGAAUAAUUACCAUCUGUUUUGUUUUGAUUUUUUUUUUUUGAGACUGGAGUUCGGUGCGAUCGCAGGCACCUCCCACCUUUUGAGACAUAGCAGGCUGUUGUGAUCUCGUAUGGUAUUGUCUUCUGGAUUACAGAAAUGAGUAUAGAUCUGACACACUUGACCAUGUUUCGUUUUAAUUUUUGGCCUAAACCUUUCUUUGCCCCCUCAGCUGCUGGAGCAGCAGGGAUGGAGAAUUCGUCGUUUGUACCUAACCCACUGUCGUCGCCGGCAUUGAUGGUGCUAGCUUCCACAGCAGAGGGACGCGAUGUCUCACGGCUACCCGGACCACCGCACCCGUUUUCGGGCCAGUCCCUGGAUAAGGAUGGUAUACCCCCGCCACCUUUCAGCACCGCUGGCUUUGUUUACAGACCAGGCGAUCCCUUCUCGUCACCGAUAUAUGCACCCAUGCCACCUUUUGUCCGGCCCAAUUUGGAGCGGACCAUCGGUCUCAUCGGCCCAGGUAGUGGUGCUUUUCGCCCUCUUGGAGGACCUCAUGAAGGUGUGGAGGCAUAUCAUUCAGCGUUCACCCCUGCCAAGAAACCCAAACUGGAGGAUGUGUCCUGUACCUCUACCUUCAGCUCUGCAGACGGCAGGGACCAGAACUAUGGUGACAAAGACGGAGAGGGUUCCCGGAGGAGUCUGUCACCAACGAUCAAAGAGGAACGGCCCUCUAGCAUCAGUUCCACUGGGGCGACCAACUCGGAGAUCCAUUCUGAUGCCGGCGACUCUUAUGAUCGAGGAACACCCGAUUCUGAAGGGCGGAGUUUGAGAAAACAAAGAAAACGCUGUGCGCUGGAUGGUCAGACACCUUGUUGUCCAGUGUGUGGGCUGACCCUGAGGUCAGGGGAGCUGGAGGCACAUCUGUCCAUGGAGAUAGACAAGCUGGAGCGCAUCUGCAGAGGUGGGCGCAAAUCGCGAGACUCAACACCACAGGGGCGGAAGAGCUUGCCGUCGCCAUCUGUCCGAAAGGGAAAGGACUCGCCUUCACCAGAGGCUGCAUCCAAAUCUCGAUAUGAGACUUACCUGAGGAUACGCUGCAACAGACAGUCACGCCUGAACGCACGAAGUCGCAACAAGAAGCGAAGAGUGGGCGAGGAGAACAUGAAGGAGACAGUGUGCCCGAUCUGUAGUGAGAGACUGACUGGCACUCCUGAGGAGCUGAAUGGACAUGUGGAAGUGUGUCUGAAGAAACGAAAUGAAGGCGAAGAAGAGGCCGUGGAUGUGGAAGGAGAUGUAGAGGGAGAGCAGUAUGAGGAAUAUACAUGGGCAGGACAGACUCGCAUUCGGGCAAUAACUCUUCUUGAGGGAGGAUUUGCAGCAUCUGGUUUUCAAACAAGCAAGAAAGCUUCAGAAGAUGAUGGAGAUCUGAAUGUGGAUGGUGAUGACUCAGAAGAGUACGGGAAACCUCAAUUUUCUGAAAACGAUUUGAUGCCUGUGAGCUCUGAUGAGCCUGCAGAAGAACGAGAGAGGCAAGCGCUUAGAGGAGCUCUGCUGGGAUUUACCAACAGAACUGGACGUGGGGACUCAUCUCAAAGCACUUGUGGUGCUGUCACUUGUGAUACAUGUGAUGAUAUUGGUGGCAGUGACUCAGUUACUACCAGCAGUCCAGAAGCACUGGUUAUGGCACUGAAAUCAAGAUUGAAGGAGCUGGAGAACUGCAGAGAGAAUAAACAAAAAUGUUUGAUAUGUAUGGAUCAUUACAAGACUCCAUUGACAUCAAUUCAGUGCUGGCAUGUUCAUUGUCAGGAGUGUUGGUUCCGUACACUGGGUGCCAAGAAGUUAUGUCCUCAGUGUAACAUGAUUACAUCUCCUUCUGACCUGCGGCGGAUUUUUUUGUAGAGCGGAUUGGUCCUUCCCCAUUUUUUUUUACCCCCAUUGCAUACCAGAUCGCCUUAUUUUCCAAGAGCUGUGAGGAGGUGUAAACAGCAUCUUGUCGAGAUGGCAGAAAUUAGUAAAGAAAUGACAGCUAUGGUGACUGUUUUUAUUCUGAUGACACAUCAUGGUCGUUCACAUAAGUUUCUGCGGCAUUUGGCUUAAUAGUGUACAUUCUGUAAAUGUGCUCAAGGUUUAUCGCUGCUGAUGCAUAAUGGAACCACUCAAGUGAACAAUGCUUCCAUCAUUUUGCAGCAGUCAGCUUUACUAUCAUUAAGUUCUACAUUGUCGAAAGCAUCUUCUGUGUGUUUUAAAUAUUUGAGUUUUGAAAUAAAGAUGUAAAAUAUGUAACAAAUGAUUGGGAGAUGGGAGGGCGAAGAGAGGUAUGUCUGCAUUUAUGCAUGAAUCCAUGCACAGAUUAUAAAUGUCAAAGAAAGCAAAGUAUGGGAGAUAGUUUCUAAAUCUUUUUGCGCAUCAUUGCAGAUACUUUUAGCUCGAUUGAGUUUGCAUCGGUAAGCUGGUCUUGCUGAAAGACUGUUGUUUCUAUGUGCAAGGAUAACAAUUAAAAUAAAGCAUUAGAAAGGUAGAUAAAAAACAACUUUCUUUUAAAACUUUUGUUCUAGUAACUGCCCCGGUCUGCAUUCUGCAUUAUGGUUACAGUUGUGGAUGAGGUACACAGUUAUAUUUAACUCAGGAAUUUUUUUUUUUUAAAGAAGUCCUAGCUAAAGAGUUAUUUUGAAUGUAUUAAUUGAAGUCAACAUAUUUUGUUCUGUUUUUUUUUUUUUUAAUAUAAGAGAUUGGAAAGAAUCUGGUACUCAGCAAUCAUUUAUAAUCUUGGUUCAAUGACCACAAAGCUUUUUAUGUAUCCUUUCUUUACAAACAUUCACCGCCUAUUAUGUGAGUAAGAGACUUACUGAAUUGGUAGUAAAUUUUAAAAUUCCAGUAAUUACCCAAACGGAUGUAGAAGUAAAAUCUGUUUUAAAUCUAAGUGUUAGGUCAUGUGUAAGAAUAUUGGACAGAAGCACUAGUAACAGCUUGGUAAUUUAACAAUCUCUUGGAAUUUUUUUAGAACUACUGGUCUUUAAAAAAAAAAUUGGUGUCCCAAGUAAAAAUCAGUUAAAUAUAUAUUAGAGCCAGAUUUUAUUGUGAUUGUUAUUUGCAAAGCAACCUGUCUUGUUAUAUAUGUCUUGUGCUGAUUUUUUUUUAAAUCUAAACUGGAAUAUGUAACAUUUAUUAUUCUGGUAGUUGGGGGACAUAAAACCAGUCUUCAGUAACAGCAGCUGCAUUAUGGUGCAAACUGAUUGUGUAAAUAGAUAAUGAAAAAUUAUUGAGAGUGCCUGGACUCCUGAGUGUAGACUUUAUUGUUGUUUAGGUAAUCUGCUGUAGGAUGUUAAGCAGUUUAGUAAACCCUUCUACUUCCCAUCCUCUUCCCAUCCCAGUGUUGCAAACAUUCUGUAGGAAUAUAUAUUUUCUUCAUAUUUCUGAUGUUUUUAGCAAUAAAUGUGAUAUUUUAGCAAGAUUAGGGAAACCAUGAAGUGAGUUUAUGUGUGUGACAUACAUUGUUCAGUUCAUGAAAUAUGAAUAAAUUUCAUGACAGCUACA